AUGUCUACCGACGACAUUGAUGAGUACUUCAUUUACGAGAACCGCCUUGCGUCUUUCCAUGGCCCGCAACGUGUCACGAAGCGGAGGGCAUCGACCGCAGCCACAUCCCGCGCCCCCAAGACGCUGUCAUGGCCACACAAGUCUAUCAAGCCUGCCGAUAUGGCCAAGGCUGGCUUCUUCUUCCAGCCUCUCCCCAGCAACCCCGACAACGUCGUCUGUUUCCUGUGCAACAAGGCCCUCGACGGCUGGGAAGAGGACGACCGACCCCUCGAGGAGCACCUGAAGCACUCACCCGAAUGUGGCUGGGCCAUCACCGCCGCAGUGGAGGCCGAGCUGGGCAAUUACACGCGUGAGGACCCCAGGGACGCGCUGAUGUCCGAGGCCCGGAAGGCCACCUUUGCUGGACGGUGGCCUCAUGAGAACAGAAAGGGCUGGAGCUGCAAGACGAAGCAGCUUGUUGAGGCUGGCUGGAAAUACACACCAACACUGGAAUCAGACGACAAUGCUACUUGCACGUAUUGCCACUUGAGGCUUGACGGAUGGGAGAAGACCGAUAAACCUUGGGAUGAGCAUUAUAGUCGGGCCCCGAAAUGUCCCUUUUUCGCAUUGAUCAGCUCGAAGCCGGCCCCUAAGAAGACAGGACGGUCAAAAGCUGCCAGGAGCUCCAAGGCGUCUCGGCUUUCGUUACAGUCUGUUGCUACAGCCGCCUCAGACUUGACAUCACUCGCCGAUGUCACUGCAGACGUCGACGACAGCGUUCUCACGACUACGUCCACCAUGACGACGGCAUCUAAGGAGUCUAAGAAGACCACGAAGGGCAAGAAGGCGGCAACCACAACGAGGGCAAGAAAGACCCGUGCGAAGAAGGACGAGGCUGUUGAAGUGCCAGAAGAUGGACCAGAGGAAGAGGCUGCUCCGAUCCCGCCAUCACAUCCGAAGCCCGCAAGAGGCCGCAAGAGAUCGAGCGAGGAGGUGGAAGACGCGGAGCUGACCAAUGCUGAGGCACCUGCUCCCAAGAAACGUGCAGCCAAGACUCGCAAGGCCCGCGGUAGCAACGCGACCGAGGCGUCCUCGGUCGACACAGACAUGCUUGACGCGCCAGAGCCCUCCAAGAAGCCAGGAGCUAAGAAGACGAGAAAGGCGUCCGGCACGCGGAAGGCAUCUGGAACUCGACCCGCCAGAGAGCCAUCGACUGCUUCAGUGGACUCUGCCGCGCCAGCCACUGUCCCGAAUGACGACGAGAUCGAUAGACAGCUGGAGGCUGACCUUGAGCGUCCAUUGUCGGAUGACGAGGAUAUUCUGGCAGAUCCAGAUACAAAGGCGGCGGCGGCUUCUCGUGUAAAGGUGGAAGCUAGGCAAGAUUCUAAAGCGGAUGAGCUUCUUACUCACACUGCAAAGACUGAUUUUGCCAUGUUCGAUCCCACUCCAGCCCAGCCCACCGAUGCACAGAUUGACGCGGAUUUGAAAACCAUGGAAGACGACAUGGACGUUGAUCAGAAGGACGAGACGGAAGAAAUGGUAGUCCCAAAGAAGGGCCGCAAGGCGGGCACUCGGAAAGCAUCGAAACAAACAACCGUUGAGAAAACUGAGGAGCCUGUGCUGCCGGUGCCCGCAAGGCAGUCACAGUCGCGUAUGGAUGCAGAAGCAGAAGAGCCAGACGAAAUUGCAGAGGCGGAUGUCAGCUUCGGGAGCAACGGCACCGUGGUCAGGAAGUCUUUGGGCAGGACGUCGCUAGGCAGGCCUUCGCUCGGCAGGACUUCGCUCGGCAGUGUGACGAGCACGACGAGCACCAAGAGUACAGCGAAGCGUGGCCGCCCAGCAAAGAAGGCGAUACUGCCAGAGACCGUAAAGGACGAGUCAACUCCGGUUCCUGCUGGCCCGGAUGCUGUCACGAUGCCCGCUGCGGAACCCAUUGAGGUCGAGGCAGCUCCCGCCCCGCUCCCGACCGAGGGCACGAAGAAGCGGACAAGCACUGGAAAGCGCGGCCGACCUCCCAAGAAUCCUAAACCUGCAGAUGCCGUGCCAGAGAUGCCGGCUCCUAUCCAGGCAGUAACCGGUCCAAAGCAACAAAAUGUUACGACCGAGGUCCACGUUGAGUCGGCGACGAUUCAAGAAAGCUUUUCUGCCGCAGUUGGAUCCCCUCGGGUUGCUCGCAAACCUGUCCCGGCUCCAAAGGAUUCGCCUUUUGCGAUUCGCAAUGACGAGCCCUCUGCCUCGACUUCCGCCUCCAACGCCCUUGCCGUGCCUCCCAAAACGCCACGCCAUCAUGCCUCUCCCGCACAUUCCGCUAAACAAGCCACCAUCUCGCCAUCUCCUUCCCCCCAAGCGUCAGACGCAGAGAACCGUCCUCCCUCCUCGAAGCCCAACACUGCCAGCAGUAAAGGCAAGCGCAUGCCUCUUGUGUCUCUUCCCGCCACAGCCACGCCCACGCGUCAGAUGUCGCCUUCUAAACAGCUCUCGCCAUCAAAACAAAACGUUAUUGGCAGUCUGCAAAGUGUAGAGCCCUGGACGGCAGUUGAUCUGGAUGCCGUCUUUGGGGGAUUCCACAACGACCAAGAGGACACGAAUGGCGCAGCUGACCGUUUCUUUGCUAAGGGCGGCGAGCUCACGGAGCAAGAGCGUAACAUGACUGUCGAGGAGUGGAUUUACUAUAACGCCGGCCAAGCUGAGCAGAAACUCAAGUUUGAGAGUGAAAGCAUGGUGAUGGCGUUCGAAAAAGAAGGGACCAGGGCUAUGAGGGCCCUUGAAGGCCUGGUUGUCGCUGAAUAA